AAACUAAGCAAAAUUUUAACUAUUUAGAUAGUCUAAAUAUAUGAAAAUAUGUAAAAUUUUAAGAAAUUUAUAGGUCAGAUUUUAUAAGUUUUGAUUCAUUUACAAUCUAAACUAAACGAUUUAUUUUAAGCUCUUCUCAUUGCUUUUUAUCAAUAGACUUUUUAUUAAUAUUUUCCAUUUGAAAUUUCCAACUUAAUUAACGCAUAUAACUAAACAUAUUCUAAUAUAAUAUUUACAUUUUAUCAACGAAAAAAUAGGAACAAAACAAUUGAAUUAGAUAUUUGAUGUCGGUUUAAUUUUGUUGGUAUACUUCUCUCCCUUCAGAUUCUAGUGUCUUUUAAUUUGAAAAACCAAUAAAAGAAAAUCUAUGUUUAGAAAAGGAAAUUUGUAUUUGCUCCAAAAACAAAAAGGAAAUUUGUGUUCAAGAAAAGGAAAUCUGAGGCCAAACGGUCAACGUAAACAUUCGGCUUGUUAAGAAAAGGAAAAGUUUGGGUGGGGAAAAAAGGAAAAUCAUAAACAUAUACAGUAUAUAUAUAUAUAAUCAAUCACACACAACAAUACUCACUGCACUUUUCGUUUUCUGAAUAACCUAAAAAGAAACAAAUCGCAGAUACAGACUAGAGUGCUUCUUCUUGUGGGAGAUGACGACCAUCCGCGAGAUCUGGUCUUGGAACAAGACAGAAGAGAUGAAUUUGGUGCGGGAAUCUCUUAGAAGCUGCAAUUACAUCUCUGUGGACACAGAAUUUCCCGGGUGCCUGAAAGAGACCGUCAUGGAAGCUAGCGAGGAGACUCGUUACCAAAACCUGAGGUUCAAUGUGGACAAAACCAAACCAAUUCAACUGGGUUUCUCCUUAUUCGACAGUGAAGGAGCAAUCAGCGGAACCUGGGAGGUCAAUUUCUCCGACUUCGACGAGACAGAGGAUCUUUGCAACGAGAAGUCCAUCGCCUUCCUCAAGCGCAACGGGCUCGAUUUCAAGAGAAUCAGAGAGGAAGGAGUUGGCAUCAAAGAUUUCUUCACAGAGUUUACUCGGAUGGUUAAAGAUGAAGAAGACAAGAAGAUUAUUAAUUGGGUUACUUUUGAUGGAUCGUACGAUUUAGGUUAUAUAAUUCAAAGCAUGACCGGGCGAGAAAGGCUUCCCGACACGUCACUUGGGUUUAACGACACGGUUCAGAAACUCUUAGGGUUAACUUUCGACGUGAAGAAACUUGCGGGACAGUGCAAAGGACUCAACAGCCGUUUCGGGUUGCAAAGAUUAGCCGACGAGCUUGGCAUCAGACGUGUCGGAGAAGCCCAUCACGCUGGCUCCGACAGCCAACUGACGGCUCGUGUGUUCGCUAACAUAAAUCUCACUUUCUCUCGUGACCUAAAGCGGAAGCGAGAACAUGAACGAGAGAUUGUGAUGAUAAGGCGGGAACAUGACCGAUUGCAACAACAUCUUUUUAUGCAGCAAGUGAUGGAACAAGAGAUUCUUAUGCGCAGAUGUGUGCCAAGAAGAUGUUAUGGACCAGUCCAUCCACCUAGACCGAUCAUGUAUGCUCAUUAUCCAUCUCCCCGUGGCUACUUUGUAGUGCCGGUCGCACCUAGAUUGUCAAGGAAUGCACAACAGUGAAACAUUCGUAAAGAAAUUGUUCAACUACUGAUGUAUAUAUUUGUCAUAUCCUUCUUUUAAAUACAAAUACUAACUUUCUCACUGAACCUUCUGUGUUUACAUUCUUUCAACUUAAUUUUCUAACUGCAACACGAUAAUAACACUUUCAAAUAUUAACAUGUUUUCACCAACCCUGAACCUCAGACAAUAUACUACUAUAAUAGCCUCUAUUAAAAACAGUGGUCCGUUUUUUACUCCAAAAUUUCUUCAACAAGUAGUCUUCUGUCCACGUUCCAUGUAGCUGAAGCCUCAACCAAAUUGAAUGGCUCUGUUCGUGUGCCGCUUCCAUUAUCACUCGGAAGGCUACGCUGAUAUUUCAAUUAAAAAUCACAUGUAUCAUAUCUAUCAAAAUCACUGUAUAAUCGUCAAGAUUCUUCAAGAGCAAGAUAAAAAUAGGAGGUUGUUGGUAACGGCUAUGUAUUUUUUUAUAUAUUUAAUUGGUAACGGCUAUAUAUUGCUUGUACUUUAGCGGUUGUUGAUUUUUCUUCCCUUUACCUGGAUUCGACAGAAGAUUAGUACCUCAUAAUUACCUUAGAUUUGUCUCAGGUUCUGUUGGUGAGUAUUCUCAUGCCAUUUCAGCCCUAUUAUCCCUUGGUCGGAUAACACUUUAUGUUUGUAGUGAUCAAACUUAUUUCGCUCUUCCAGCUUGUGCUCAGUCCACAAUUAUGCAGGUUGAUAUCUCCUCCUGAUUUUGAUUCGUGUUUCCUUAAUUUUUGGCUUUUCUUAAUCAUGUAAUAAGAGUAUUGUUUGAUCGGAAAACGGUAAUAAAGAAGACGUGGGUUUAACAAAGACGUUUUAUUAUGGUCGGAAGAGACAAUCAGUCGGUUACAAGAGAGGUAAGAAAGUGCGACAGAGAAGAAGCCGGUAACUCGGGGAGCUACCGGAAAAGUACAAAUAACGGCAAGAUGAAGCAAAGGUGAAAACCCUAAUCUAGCCGCCAAGUGUUAGUCAGAUGAUUUCGGAUCCUUUUCUCGUUCCUCUUCCUUCUCCUUAUAUAGUCCUCUGAUGUGUCGUUCUUGACCUAGCUUAUGUCGUCUUCGCGGGCUUUCCUUAUUGGGCCGAAAGGCCCGUAUUCAUUCGAGCGGUCGCCGAGCCGGAUGCCUCUUAGUCGACAACGAUCGACUCAAGGUACUUCAGAGGCGAGCCGAGAGACUGACCUAUUAAGCCGACUAUCCGAGCCGUUGCUUCCCUUGGUCCGGGCCAGGCCUUCUAUUCUUUGGGCCUUGUGGGAUGGUUAGAUCCAUCUCCUACAGUAAAUCCCCCCGGUCCAUCAGUGAGCGAGGAGUCGCCUAGCUCAUGAUGGAUUCUGGAACUUGAAGGUUCAAAGGAAUAGAAGUCCUGUCGGGAGGUUAAAGCGAUGGGUCGCGGAAAAAGCUGUGAUGACGCUUUCUCUCGGAACUGUUGAAUCGCCGGCUCCCAGAUUUUUAGUCGGCGUGUCUUGGUUAAUUGCCGGUUUAACCAAUUUUAGGAUAACCGUCGAUUAAUUAAGACGAGAAGCCG